AUGCAGAUUCACGGCUGGUUGGGGCUUCAGCAGCAGGGCCUUGGCAGGCAGGCAGCAGUGUGGGUGAGUGGGUGUUUGGCUGGUGGAUGCUCUGGUGGCAUCUAGCCUCCUGCUCCACCUGUGCUCUCACUCAUCAAUCCUCCACCAUAUGGAAACAGCUGGUCCUCUGUGGUGGGCACUGUGUGGUGCCCUGAGCUCCAUACAUCCUGUAGUCAGGAGGGAGAGGAGUGGAGGGGGAGAGAGAGAGAGAGUGCAGGGAACCAAAUCAAAUUGUAUUGGUCACAUACACAUAUUUAGCAGAUGUUAUUGCGGGUGUAGCGAAAUGCUUGUGUUCCUAGCUCCAACAGUGCAGUAAUAUCUAACGAAAAUAAAUUAGAAAAACACCCAGAAAGCUAUGGGAAGCAGGCUAUGGUGGUGCUGUUUUGGACAGAUUUAAUUUGAAUAGAUUUUAAUCUUAUUGAGGCAAUUGACUGUUUAAUGAACAGUCAAUUGCCUCGUUCGGAAAGUAUUCAGACCCCUUUACUUUUUCCACAUUUUGUUACGUUACAGCCUUAUUCUAAAAUGGAUUAAAUUAUUAUAUUUUCUCAUCAAUCUACACACAAUACCCCAUAAUGACGAAGUGAAAACAGGUUUUUAGAAAUCUUUGCAAAUUUAUAAAAAAUUAAAAACAGAUUAAAAACAGAACCUUAUUUACAGAAGUAUUAAGACCCUUUGCUCUGAGACUCGAAAUUGAGCAUAGGUGCAUCCUGUUUCCAUUGAUCAUCCUUGGGAUGUUUCUACAACUUGAUUAGUCCACCUGUGGUAAAAUCAAUUGAUUGGACAUGAUUUGGAAUGCCCGGCCAAACUGAGCAAUUGGGGGAGAAGGGCCUUUGUCAUGGAGGUGACCAAGAACCCGAUGGUCAUUCUGACAGAGCUCCAGAGUUCUUCUGUGGAGAUGGGAGAAUCUUCCAGAAGGACAACCAUCUCUGCAGUACUCCACCAAUUAGGCCUUUAUGGUAGAGUGGCCAGACGGAAGCCACUCCUCAUUAAAAGGCACAUGACAGCCCGCUUGGAGUUUCCAAAAGACUCUCAGACCAUGAGAAACAAGAUGCUCUGGUCUGAUGAAACCAAGAUUGAACUCUUUGGCCUGAAUGCCAAGCGUCACGUCUGGAGGAAACCUGGCACCAUCUCUACGGUGAAGCAUGGUGGUGGCAGCAUCAUGCUGUGGGGAUGUUUUUCAGCGGCAGGGACUGGGAGACUAGUCAGGAUCAAGGGAAAGAUUAACGAAGCAAAGUACAGAGAGUGCCUUGAUGAAAACCUGCUCCAGAGCGUUCAGGAACUCAGACUGGGGCGAAGGUUCACCUUCCAACAGGACAACGACCCUAAGCACACAGCCAAGACAACGCAGGAGUGGCUUCGGGACAAGUCUCUGAAUGUCCUUGAGUGGCCCAGCCAGAGCCCUGACUUGAACCCAAUCGAACAUCUCUGGAGAGACCUGAAAAGAGAUGUGCAGUGACACACUACAUCCGACCUGACAGAGCUUGACAGGAUCUGCAGAGAAGAAUGGGAGAAACUCCCCAAAUACAGGUGUGUCAAGCUUGUAGCAUCAUACCCAAGAAGAAUCGAGACUGUAAUCGCUGCCAAAGGUGCUUCAAUAAAGUACUGAGUAAAGGGUCUGAAUAUUUAUGUAAAUGUGAAAUUUACGUUUUUUUAAAUGUAUAAAUUAGCAAACAAUUCUAAAAAACAGUUUUUGCUUUGUAAUUAUGGGGUAUUGUGUAUAGAUUGAUGAGGGACAAAAUCAAUUUAGGACAUUUUAGAAUAAGGCUGUAACGUAACAAAAUGUGGAAAAGGUCAAGGUGUUUGAAUACUUUCCGAAUGCACUGUAAGUCAGUGUAAUAAUGGAAAACAUGAACCUAUUUCCCAUGGGUCAGUAAUGAGGAUGGCCCUCUUGUGAUUGGAAGAGGUCACUACAUAAUCCAGGAAGUAGAGAAGGUCUUAGUUCCAAUUACUGCCUUUAUGUGGGGAUGGACUGAGGGAGAGAGCUUGGUAGAGAAGGAGAGGAGUACAUGGGUGGAGGAGGUACAGAGUAGAGUAGGAGAAGAGGGGGUGAAGAUUGUAGAAGGAUAGAAUAGAGUGGGGGGUGAAGAUUGUAGACUAAUAGAAUGGGGGGGUGAAGAUGUAGAAGGAUAGAAUAGGAGGGGGGUGAAGAUUGUAGAAGAAUAGAAUGGGGGGGGUGUAGAUUGUAGAAGAAUAGAAUGGGAGGGUGAAGAUUGUAGAAGGAUAGAAUGGGGGGUGAAGAUUGUAGAAGAAUAGAAUGGGGGGGGGUGAAGAUGUAGAAGGAUAGAAUAGGAGGGGGUGAAGAUUGUAGAAGAAUAGAAUGGGGGGGGGUGAAGAUGUAGAAGUUUAGAAUAGAGUGGGGGGGUGAAGAUUGUAGAAGUAUAGAAUGGGGGGUGAAAAUUGUAGAAGAAUAGAAUGGGAGGGUGAAGAUUGUAGAAGGAUAGAAUGGGGGGGUGAAGAUUGUAGAAAGGUAGAAUGGGGGGGUUAAUUGUAGAAGUAUAGAAUGGGGGGGUGAAGAUUGUAGAAGGAUAGAAUAGGAGGGGGGUUAAUUGUAGAAGGAUAAAAUAGUGGGGGGGGGGGGGGGGUGCAGAAGGGUGGAGGAGUCACACUAAAAUGCUGCUGGGUCAUUAUCCUAGCCAGGGGGCGGGACUGUUACUAUAAACACUGGCAUAACUGUGCUAUGUUCUGCACCGGUGAAAACCAGUCAAAAGAAUGCAGCUUGGCUAAACAGCUCAACUCCCUCCCUUCUAUGCUUCUGUCUUCUUAGGGGUUUUCCAACAGGAGAUUUGGCUUUAACUGCAGUCCCGGCCAUCCCUUUGUGCCUCUAAAUGUGACCCACCGCCUCGAUUCAAUCUUAUGUACCUGGCGCUGACGAAGAUGGCGGCCUCACGACUAGCUCUUAGGAAACUUUGCGGUAUUUUGGUUUUUUUAUGUAUUAUUUUUACAUUAUUAGCUCAGAAAGUGUUUUGUAUCAUUACAUACAGCCAGGGAAAAACUAUUGGAUAUCAGAGCUACGGUAACUCACCAGCAUUACGACCAGGAAUACAACUUUCCUGAAGCAGAUCCUUUGUUUGCUCUCCCCAGGGCAACUGAACUGAUUCCAGCGGCUGACCCAAAACAUCGCCGGCGGAGGAGAGGCACUCGGAGCAGCCUGCUGGUUCGACUUAGGAGGCGCGCACACCACCCACCGCUUCCAAGUAUAUUACGCGCUAAUGUUCAGUCUUUGGAUAACAAGGUCAACGAGCUCAGGGCAAGGAUUUCUUUCCAGAGAGACAUCAAGGCCUGUAACAUACUUUGUUUCAUGGAAACAUGGCUCUCUCUGGAUAUUCUGUUGAAAUGAUGGGUUCUCCGUUCAUCGCGCAGACAGAAAUAAAUAUAUCUCCGGGAAGCAGAAGGGUGGAGGUGUGUGUUUCAUGAUUAACGACUCAUGGUGUUAUUGUAGUAACAUACAGGAACUCAAGUCCUUUUGUUCACCCGACCUAGAAUACCUCACAAUCAAAUGCCGUCCGUAUUAUCUCCCAAGAUAAUUUUCUUUGGUUGUAGUCACGGCCGUGUAUAUCCCCCCUCAAGCCGAUACCACGACGUCCCUCAAAGAACUUCACUGGACCUUAUGCAAACUGGAAACCACAUAUCCUGAGGCUGCAUUUAUUGUAGCCGGGGAUUUUAACAAAGCAAAUUUGAGGACAAGGCUGCCGAAGUUCUAUCAACAUAUUGACUGUUGUACUCGGCUGCUAAAAUUCUCGACCAUUGCCAUUUGAACUUCCGGGAUGGUUAUAAGGCCCUCCCCCGCCCUCCUUUCGGCAAAUCUGAACACGACUCCAUUUUGCUCCUCCCUUCCUAUAGGCAGAAACUCAAACAGGAAGUACCCAUGCUAAGGACAAUUCAACGCUGGUCUGACCAAUCGGAAUCCACGCUUCAAGAUUGUUUUGAUCACGCAGACUGGGAUAUGUUCCGGGUAGCUUGCGAAAAUAAUUUAGACGAAUACACUGAAACGGUGACUGAGUUUAUCAGGAAGUGUAUAGGAGAUGUUGUGCCCACCGUGACUAUUAAAAUCUACCCUAACCAGAAACCGUGGGUAGAUGGCAGCAUUCGUGCAAAACUGAAAGCGCGAACCACCACAUUUAACCAUGGCAAGGUGACUGGGAAUAUGGCAGAAUGCAAACAGUGUAGCUACUCACUCCGCAAGGCAAUUAAACAGGCAAAACGUCAGUGUAGGGACAAAGUGGAGUUGUAAUUCAACGGCUCAGACACGAGGCAGGGUCUAUAGACAAUCAUGGACUACAGAAGGAAAACCAGCCACGUCGCCGAGACAGUCUUGCUUCUGGACAAGCUAAACACCUUCUUCGCCCGCUUUGAGGAUAACACAGUGCCACCGAUGCGGCCCACUACCAAGGACUGUGUGCUCUCCUUCUCCGUGGCCGACGUGAGUAAAACAUUUCAACAUGUUAACCCCUGCAAGGCUGCCGGCCCAGACGGCAUCCCUAGCCGCGUCCUCAGAGCAUGCGCAGACCAGCUGGCUGUUGUGUUUACGGACAUUUUCAAUCUCUCCCUAUCCCAGUCUGCUGUCCCCACAUGCUUCAAGAUGGCCACCAUUGUUCCUGUACCCAAGAAAGCAAAGGUAACUGAACUAAAUGACUAUUGCCCCGUAGCACUCACCUCUGUCAUCAUGAAGUGCUUUGAGAAACUAGUCAAGGAUCAUAUCACGUCUACCCUUACCCGUCACCCUAGACCCACUUCAAUUUGCUUUACCGCCCCAAUAGAUCCACAGACGAUGCAAUCGCCAUCACACUGCACACUGCCCUAUCCCAGCUGGACAAGAGGAAUACCUAUGUAAGAAUGCUGUUCAUUGACUAUAGCUCAGCAUUCAACACCAUAGUACCAUCCAGCUCAUCAUUAAGCUCGAGGCCCUGGGUCUGAACCCCUCCCUGUGCAACUGGAUCCUGGACUUCCUGACGGGCCGCCCCCAGGUGGUGAAGGUAGGAAACAUCUCCACUUCGCUGAUCCUUAACACUGGGGCCCCUCAAGGGUGCGUGCUCAGCCCCCUCCUGUACUCCCUAUUCACCCAUGACUGUGUGGCCAAGCACGCCUCCAACUCAAUCAUCAAGUGUGCAGACGACACAACAGUAGUAGGCUUGAUUACCAACAAUGACGAGACAGCCUACAGGGAGGAGGUGAGGGCUCUGGGUGUGUGGUGCCAGGAAAAUAACCUUUCACUCAACGUCAACAAAACAAAGGAGAUGAUCGUGGACUUCAGGAAACAGCAGAGGGUGCAACCCCCUAUCCACAUCGACGGGACCGCAGUGGAGAAGGUGGAAAGCUUCAAGUUCUUUGGCGUCCACAUCACUGACAAACUGAAAUGGUCCACCCACGCAGACAGUGUGGUGAAGAAGGCGCAAUAGAGCCUCUUCAACCUCAGGAGGCUGAAGAAAUUUGGCUUGGCACCUAAAACCCUCACAAACUUUUACAGAUGCACAAUUGAGAGCAUCCUGUCGGGCUGUAUCACCGCCUGGUACGGCAACUGCACCGCCCACAACCGCAGGGCUCUCCAGAGGGUGGUGCGGUCUGCUGAACGCAUUACCUGGGGUAAACUACCCGCCCUCCAAGACACAUACAACACCCGAUGUCACAGGAAGGCCAAAAAGAUCAUCAAGGACCUCAACCACCCUAGCCACUGCCUGUUCACCCCGCUAUCAUCCAGAAGGCGAGGUCAGUACAGGUGCAUCAAAGCUGGGACCGAGAGAAUGAAAAACAGCUUCUAUCUCAAGGCCAUCAGACUGUUAAAUAGCCAUCACUAGCACAUUAGAGGCUGCUGCUGCCUAUUGAAAUCACUGCCCACUUUAAGAAAUGGAACACUAGUCACUGUAAUAAUGUGCUAUAUUCUAUAAUAUUCUGCUAUAUCUUAGUCCAUGCCGUUCUGUCAUUGCUCGUCCAUAUAUGGAUACAUUCUUAAUUCCAUUCCUUACUUAGAUUUGUGUGUAUUGGGUAUAUGUUGUGAAAUUGUUAGAUAUUACUUGUUAGAUAUUACUGCACUGUCGGAGCUAGAAGCACAAGCAUUUCGCUACACCCGCAAUAACAUCUGCUAUACACGUGUAUGUGAGAAAUACAAUUUGAUUUGAUUUGUAGCAAAAUUGUGUUUUUUUUUUUUAAAGAAGAGACUCAGAGCUUCAAAAUAUUAUAUCAAACACUGCAGUUGAGGAACAAUGGGAAAGUAAUUCUGCUUUGAAAGUUGAGAAAAUGGCCCAUAAAUGUACUGGAGAGCUCUUAUUUGUCUACACCUAUUCAGCAUCGUUCACACCCUCUUAAGCCCCACCCAUCUCUUGAAGGAUUCACAUGUGAGGCCAUGUGCUAAACAGAGUGAGUAAGGUAGUGUAGUAAACAACCAAAGAUGGUAUCCUACAAUAAGGGAAAAACUCCAGGUAAAAAUACACUUUAUCUAGUCCUUGGCCAAUAUCCUAAUCUGACUUUGAAAGUGUCCAGAUAAAAAUAUUUUAUAAAUAUUUUAUCAUUAUUAGAUGCUCACCCAGACACUUGUCUAAAUUGAUGGGUCAUGUGAAAGAAAUGCUAUAACCACCCCCCAGCCACAUCUAGCUAUGGGUCACUGUUGUCUUGACAUGUACGCAUGUUCAUGAAAUACAAUAGAUGACCGUAAUCACCCCCAGAUACACCUGGCUAACUUGAUGGGUCAUGUAAUCAUCUGGCAAAGUGGAAUCUUUUGUUUAGACAUCUAGCUAGCUAGCUAGCUAAACAAUCCCAACCUAUAGCUACAGUACAAAUGGAUUGUCAUAGCUAGCCACAUGAAAUGCUGUAGUAUGAAUCUGCAGGUAGCUAAAGCAAACCAACUAGGUUCAAUAUUAGCUAGCUGAGCAGCUCACGGAUAGACAGAAGUGUACUACAUGGCAGACCAAUCCGAACUAAUCUCUCGGCAUGUCCAGCCCAGCCAUUAUCUCAGCCAAUCAUGGCUAGCGGGAAGUUUCCUGUCUUUUUCCGUGGCUAAACCAACUAGGCUCGUAAUUUAACAAUUUUAUUGGUAUUUACAGAUGGCAUACAAGUUUGUUAUUAAGGCACAUGAAAGUUCACAUGUUCCAGAAGGCAUUUCUGCCCAAAAACACAUUUUGAUAAAAAUAAAUGUAAAAAAAACGUUCCAAUGGCUCUCCUGUGAAGAGGUGACAUGCGACAUACGCCUAGCUUCUUGAAACAGGUCACACAUGAGUAGUUGUUUCCCCUCAAAAGUCAGGGAAGCAAUUUGGGGUUGCCCUGGUGUUGGCUGUGUAUGUUCCCCUGGGAAGGGAAAAUAAGUAGUGGGUGAAAAACAGCCAGAUGACAGUCUCUGAUGUAGACUUGAAAGAGUUGUCAUGGAGGAAUGGACUUCCUAGGUGAGCUGGGUUGCCACCAGAUCAGCUUCAAAGAGUGCUGUGCCAUCGUCUGUCCCCAUGGUGAUACUGGGAACACAGAACAAAAGUCACAGGCCCCGCCCCCCCUCUCUGUCUGCUCCUCUGUGUCCGCCCCUCUCUGAGCCUCCAUAGGAGGAGAGGAGGGGGAGGUUUUGAGCAAUCUUCUGGAAGUGAAGGGAGGGGUUCUAUGGAGCCACCCACUAUCCAUGCAGCCAGUCAUACUACACUCAGUCACUACUGCAAAUGUCUAUAUUGUUUGUCUGUGGCAUUCCUCCUGAUCCACAAAGUCCUAGAGGGAUGAUGAGAUCCAGUCCUGAAUGUGCUCCCCUCAGACUUUGCUGAGGGGAUUUUCAGUGAAAUUUGAUCAGAAUGAGUCUUUAAAACUGAGGGACAAUAUCAUCCUUGUCUAAGUACACAUUGCUCAUUGAGUGAUCGAGCUAGUGAAUGCCAGCCAGCCCAUCGUACAGUCAAAAGUCAUUCAUUACUGCACCAGGUAUUUCUCUAACUUACCAUGUAUGUUUCUGUCUUUUACAGCAAAGAGCCUCAGGCAAGGUGCUGUUUGACCUGGUGUGUACCCACCUGAACCUCGUUGAGGGAGACUACUUCGGCCUAGAAUACCAAGACCACAAGAUGAUGGUGAGUGAAGAAAAAGACAGUCCUUAACUUAGGGGUUGUUUCUGGACUGGGUGUUAGCUUGUUUCUUCUUGAGGUGUUAGUGUAGAAGCCUUGAAUUCAUCUCUCUAUGCUGACUAAGGGGCGUUUUGCUUUCCUUCGGUUCACAGGUUUGGCUAGACCUCCUAAAGCCAAUUGUCAAGCAGCUGAGACGUAAGUCCCCUGACUUCAUUACACACUUUUACAUGGCUGGCAAUGGACAGUUCAUGCUUCAUUUGCUUCAACUAACACUGGUGGUAUGGUUGCUAACAGAAGAAAAUGUAUCAAGCCAAAACAUGGAAACAUUAAAUCAAAUCAAAUCAAAUUGUAUUGGCCACAUGCGCCGAAUACAACAGGUGCAGACAUUACAGUGAAAUGCUUACUUACAGCCCUUAACCAACAGUGCAUUUAUUUUUAAUAAAAAAGUAAACUAAAACAACAACAAAAAAGUGUUGAGAAAAAAGAGAGCAGAAGUAAAAUAAAAUAACAGUAGGAAGGCUAUAUAUACAGGGGGGUACCGGUGCAGAGUCAAUGUGCGGGGGCACCGGCUAGUUGAGGUAGUUGAAGUAAUAUGUACAUGUGGGUAGAGUUGAAGUGACUAUGCAUAAAUAAUUAACAGAGUAGCAGCAGCGUAAAAAGAUGGGGUGGGGGGUCAGUGCAAAUAGUCCGGGUAGCCAUGAUUAGCUGUUCAGAAGUCUUAUGGCUUGGGGGUAGAAGCUGUUGAGAAGUCUUUUGGACCUAGACUUGGCACUCCGGUACCGCUUGCCGUGCGGUAGCAGAGAGAACAGUCUAUGACUAGGGUGGCUGGAGUCUUUGACAAUUUUGAGGGCCUUCCUCUGACACCGCCUGGUAUUGAGGUCCUGGAUGGCAGGAAGCUUGGCCCCAGUGAUGUACUGGGCCGUACGCACUACCCUCUGUAGCCUUUCAUUGAGGGCCUAGUUAUACCCUAAUACAGUGGUGUUAGGAAUCUCCUGGUUUACAGACCACAUCAGACCUGCAAGUCACAUUAUGUAAUUCCUAUUGGAAUCCAGCCAGAGUUAGGAUAGCCAACAAGUGGAAUUGUUUAUCACCCACAACCUGCAUUUAGAUUGACUGCCAUGGUAAGACAAAUGUCUUUGAAAGAAGGAGACAGCUAGGAUACUUAAUUUAGUUGUGGCGUGAGGAAGCCUCAACACCCUGUCCCAUCCAAGCAAACUUAAAGUGAUGCUCCAGAACUUUUUUUAAAUAAUUUCAGCCAGUCAUUUUGAAAGUGGUACCCGUUUUGUGUGUACUACUUGUCAUCCAAUUGUGUACUACUAUCUACCGUCUAUGUAGGGUUCUUCAAAGAACCCCCAGUAUAUGGUUCUGCCUAGAACCUUCUAUGAUGGGUUCUACCAAGAACCAUUUUAUAUUUGGAGGGUUCUUCCUAGAACCCUACAUGAAGGGUUCUACCAAUAACCAUUUUAUCUUAUAACCUUUUUUUAAAAUGUUAAAUUAAAUAUAUCAUAUGGCCUUUCAUUGAGGGCCUAGUUAUACCCUAAUACAGUGGUGUUAGGAAUCUCCUGGUUUACAGACCACAUCAGACCUGCAAGUCACAUUAUGUAAUUCCUAUUGGAAUCCAGCCAGAGUUAGGAUAGCCAACAAGUGGAAUUGUUUAUCACCCACAACCUGCAUUUAGAUUAGAUUGCCAGGGUAGGGAGGAUUGAAUACUGAGACUACCUCAAUCGUCUAAACUGGAACAACCAUCUCAGUAACGGGUGCAAUAAAUCCAGAUACUAUCAGAUUGGAUUAGUUUAGAAAACGGCAUGUUAUUUAUCUUUGUGUAGCGUUAAAUUAAUCAACCAACCAAUGUACAUGCAAAAACACAGGUAUUACAGUAAAACAAACAAUUCUGAAAAGCUUCCUGCAAUAGAGCAAUAGAGCAGGAAAUAUGAUAUAGGGUUCUAUGUAGAAGCCUUCUUGCCUUCCGAAUAAUCCUUCUUGCCUUGCAAAGAAUCAUCAAAGAACCCUUUCUUCCAAAAAUGGUUCUUAGGAUGUUAAAGGUUCUAGGUAGAACCCUUAUCCUUACAAAGAACCCUUGCCUUGGUUCUUCUGAUCAAAACGGUUUUGGUAGAACCCUAUCCCUCCGCAAAGAACCCUUUUGGAACUAUUUUAUCUAAGUGUACCAUACCCUGUUCAAAGGCACUUACAUAUUUUGUCUUGCCCAUUCACCCUCUGAAUGGCACACGAACACAAUCCAUGUCUCAAUUGUCUCAAGGCUUAAAAAUCCUUAUUUAAUCAACACUGAUUGAAGUGGAUUUAACAAGUGACAUCAAUAAGGGAUCUUAGCUUUCACCUGUAUUCACCUGGUCAGUCUAUGUCAUGGAAAGAGCAGGUGACCUUAAUGUUUUGUGCACUCAGUGUAUAUUAUUUUGCAAUUCGUAUGAUAUCUUACGAAUCUAAUUCUUACAAUAGGUUACAAAUCUGUUAUGCUUAAAAUCCCAAACUGCAUCGUUAUUCACACACAGAGACCAUCUUUCUUCCAGACUGAGGCUCCGCUGUUAAAACUUGUACAUCUCGAGUCAUAAAGCUUUCAUCAAGUCUUAUGGAAGACUGGUUUGCUCAUCUACAAACAAGUAUUUUUUUUGGUGCAUAAGAGCAAGUACAAUGCUUGUUAUGAUCUCAUUGGUCGGUGAGACAUAACCCAAAUUCAGGUCAAAGUGUAAUUGAGCAAAAGGAAUCAUGGAGAUCCUGUUCUAACUCCUAAUUCUAUGACAGGAAUCUCCAGAUAGUUUGUUUAGAAUGUGUUCUCUGUUGCUCUAUAACCAUGCCAUUAUCUGACACCCACAGGGCCCAAGCACACAGUCCUGAGAUUUGUGGUGAAGUUCUUCCCCCCAGACCACGCCCAGCUACUGGAGGAAUUGACUAGGUAAGACUAAACAGAAAGAAGCCUAGGUUUAACCAGCGACAUACCAACUGCCAUUUCAGACUCCUCCCUAUAGGCUGUCUCGUCGUUGUCGGUGAUCAGGCCUAAAACUGUUGUGUCAUCGGCAAACUUAAUGAUGGUGUUGGAGUCGUGCUUGGCCAUGCAGUCUAGAGUGAACAGGGAGUACAGGAGGGGACUGAGCACAAACCUCUGAGGGGCCCCCGUGUUGAGGAUCAGCAUGGCAGAUGUGUUGUUACCUACCCUUACCACCUGGGGUCAGCCCAUCAGGAAGUCCAGGAUCCAGUUACAGAGGGAGGUGUUUAGUCCCAGGGUCCUUAGCUUAGUGAUGAGCUUUGAGGGCACUAUGGUGUUGAACGCUGAGCUGUAGUCAAUGAAUAGCAUUCUCACAUGGGUGUUUCUUUUGUCCAGGUGUGAAAGGGCAGUGUGGAGCGCAAUAGAGAUUGCAUCAUCUGUGGAUCUGUUGGGGCAGUAUGCACAUUGGAGUGGGUCUAGGGUUUCUGGGAUAAUGGUGUUGAUGUGAGCCAUGACCAGCCUUUCAAAGCACUUCAUGGCUACAGACGUGAGUGCUACGGGUAGGUAGUCAUUUAGGUAGGUUACCUUAGUGUUCUUGGGGACAGGGACUAUGGUGGUCUGCUUGAAACAUGUUGGUAUUACAGACUCAGACAGGGAGAGGUUGAAAAUGUCAGUGAAGACACUUGCCAGUUGGUCAGCGCAUGCUCGGAGUACACGUCCAGGUAAUCCGUCUGGCCCUGCGGCCUUGUGAAUGUUGACCUGUUUAAAGGUCUUACUCACAUCGGCUACGGAGAGUGUGAUCACACAGUGGUCCGGAACAGCUAAUGCUUUCAUGCAUGUUUCAGUGUUACUUGCCUCGAAGUAAGCAUAGAAGUAAUUUAGCUUGUCUGGUAGGCUUGUGUCACUGGCCAGCUCGCAUGUGCUUCCCUUUGUAGUCUGUAAUAGUUUGCAAGCCCUGCCACAUCAGACGAGCGUCGGAGCCGGUGUAGUACGAUUCGAUCUUAGUCCUGUAUUGGACGCUUUGCCUGUUUGAUGGUUCGUCGGAGGGUGUAGCAGGAUUUCUUCUAAGCGUCCAGGUUAGUGUCCCGCUCCUUGAAAGUGGCAGCUCUACCCUUUAGCUCAGUGCGGAUGUUUCCUGUAAUCCAUGGCUUCUGGUUGGGGUAUGUACGUACAGUCACUGUGGGGAUGAGGUCAUCGAUGCACUUAUUGAUGAAGCCAGUGACUGAUGUGGUGUACUCCUCAAUGCCAUCGGAAGAAUCCCGGAACAUAUUCCAGUCUGUGCGAGCAAAACAGUCCUGUAGCUUAGCAUCUGCUUCACCUGACCACUUUUUUAUUGACCGAGUCACUGGUGCUUCCUGCUUUAGUUUUUGCUAGGAGGAUAGAAUUAUGGUCAGAUUUGCCAAAUGGAGGGCGAGGGAGAGCUUUGUACGCGUCUCUGUGUGUGGAGUAAAGGUGGUCUCUAGGAGUGCCGCCUCUGGAUGAGCGUUUUCCUGUUUACUUAUGGCCUUAUACAGUUCAUUGAGUGUGGUCUUAGUGCCAGCAUCGGUUUGUGGUGGUAAAUAGACAGCUACGAAGAAUAUAGAUGAAAACUCUCUUGGUAGAUAGUGUGGUCUACAGCUUAUCAUGAGAUACUCUACCUCAGGCGAGCAAAACCUUGAGACUUCCUUAGAUAUCGUGCACCAGCUGUUGUUUACAAAUAUACAUAGACCGCCACCCCUUGUCUUAGCAGAGGCUGCCGUUCUAUCCUGCCGAUACAGUGUAUAACCCGCCAGCUGUAUGUUAUUCAUGUCGUCGUUCAGCCACGACUCGGUGAAACAUAAGAUAUUACAGUUUUUAACGUCCCGUUGGUAGGAUAUACAUGCUUGUAGUUCAUCCACUUUAUUAUCAAGCGAUUGUAUGUUGGCCAAUAGUAUCGAUGGCAAAGGCAGGUUAGCCACUUGUCGCCGGCUCCUUACCAGGCACCCCGAUCUCCUUCCGCGAUAUCUCCUUUUCUUUCUACUGCGAAUGACUGGGAUGAGGGCCCUGUCGGGUGUCUGGAGCAAAUCCCUCUCGUCCGACUCAUUAAAGAAAUGUUAUUCGUCCAGUUCAAGGUGAGUAAUGGCUGUUCUGAUGUCCAGAAGCUCUUUUCUGUCAUAAGAGACGAUGGUAGCAGCAACGUUAUGUACAAAAUAAGUUACAAACAAUGCGAAAAAAUAAAUUAAAAAUAGCACGGUUGGUUAAGAGUCCAUAAAACGUCUGCCAUCCCCUCCGGCGCCUCCAAGUGAUUCCUUUCCUGUUCCUCCCUCCUGUGUUGUGGCCUGACAGGUUUUGAUGUUAACCACAGCCAGUCAUCCUAUUGGCUCUGUUCUAACCUUUCUCUUUGUCCCAUGAUGGUCCAGGUAUCUCUUCGCCCUGCAGAUCAAGCAUGACCUUGCCUGUGGACGUCUGACCUGCAACGACAGUAGCGCCGCCCUGCUGGUCUCCCAUGUUAUCCAAUGUACGUCUCUCUGUUACUUUCCCUGUGGCUUCACAGAGCCAAUAGGAUCACAGAGCCAAUAGAGCAUAUACAUGUGUAGGAAAACAGAACCUUCUUCAAACUGUGUCAAACAGGAUGUGGCGCAGCAUCCCAAAUUAAGAAUCAGUGUGUUGCCAUGGAUACCUUUUUAGUAUUCCUCUGAAUGAAUGAAAUGUGGGAAGACACUGACAGAGAGAGCUUUUUGAAAAGCUGUCCGUUCCUCUGCCUGGAUUCUAAUGCUAGAGGGAGCUGUCAAAAGUGUGAUCAAAGAGGGAAGAGGCAUGGAUGAGGAUGGAUUCUAGUCGAUUGAAUCUAUUCUAAUCUAUUCUAUUUAGGGAUAUAUGCAAAUAAUCUGAAUUGCUAUCAACCAGCAGUGAUGCAGAUCAUUUACACAGCGUAGGCCUACGCACUGCACACAAUGUAAUACGAUGUUCUAAUACGAUCCCCUGACUUUAACCCUUUGUUCUCCAGCUGAGACUGGGGACUUUGAGGAGAGCCAGAGUCGGCAGCACCUCCUCAACAACAGCUACAUUCCUGACCAGGUGGCUUUGAUGGACAAGAUCAUGGAGUUCCACUCCAAGAAUGGGUGAGUAGCUCCUCUGUAACUGGUGUGUCAGGUCUGGAAGCAGAGCUUUUCAGGCGUUAUUCUGGUGGCCUCUGAACAGGUCAAGGUAGAUAAAGACCUCCAUACGUACACGUCCCAAGGGAAUGUUUUCUACCCAGGUGACACAGUCAGGAAACUCACCACUGACUGAACAGUGUUCUUUAUUUCAGUGUGUUAACUCUUUAUCAUGUUUAGACCAGCCCCUGGGUUGGUUGAGUGGUUAGGGCCUGGAGGGGAAUGUGGUGAUGUCUGCUUUAUCAGAAACACUUCAUGGGUCCCCAGAAAGCCUAAUGAGCAACACACCAGACUUCAGCAGGGAAACGGCUAACGACUUUGGAGCAACACACCAGACUUCAGCAGGGAAACGGCUAACGACUUUGGAGCAACACACCAGACUUCAGCAGGGAAACGGCUAACGACUUUGGAGCAACACACCAGACUUCAGCAGGGAAACGGCUAACGACUUUGGAGCAACACACCAGACUUCAGCAGGGAAACGGCUAACGACUUUGGAGCAACACACCAGACUUCAGCAGGGAAACGGCUAACGACUUUGGAGCAACACACCAGACUUCAGCAGGGAAACGGCUAACGACUUUGGAUUUCCAUUGUUAAACCUUUGUCACUGAACAGGUUGGCACAAGGGAAAUGGCUGCUUGAACUCAUUCACUGUAACUUCUCCUUCUCCCAGUAUUUCCUUCUAUUAUUUGUUUCCUAAUUUGCUAGUUCUGAGCUCCUUGGAGAACAAAAUGUAGAAGGCUUCCAUAUCCCACAAUCCCCUUACUGUCCACCUCAUUGAUGCAGCAGGCCAGGAGGACAUGGCCAUCCCUUCCCUCACCCCCAGUCCUCCAUGCUACACUGGUGUCACCCCCAGUCCUCCAAUCUACAGUGAUGUCACCCCCAGUCAUCCAUGCUACACUGGUGACACCCCCAGACCUCCAAUCUACAGUGGUGUCACCCCCAGUCCUCCAAUCUGCAGUGGUGUCACCCCCAGUCCUCCAUGCUACACUGGUGUCACCCCCAGUCCUCCAAUCUACAGUGAUGUCACCCCCAGUCCUCCAUGCUACAGUGAUGUCACCCCCAGACCUCCAAUCUACAGUGGUGUCACCCCCAGUCCUCCAAUCUACAGUGGUGUCACCCCCAGUCCUCCAAUCUACAGUGGUGUCACCCCCAGUCCUCCAUGCUACCCUGGUGUCAGCCCCAGUCCUCCAAUCUACAGUGGUGUCACCCCCAGUCCUCCAAUCUACAGUGAUGUCACCCCCAGUCCUCCAUGCUACAGUGGUGUCACCCCCAGUCCUCCAUGCUACCCUGGUGUCACCCCCAGUCCUCCAAUCUACAGUGGUGUCACCCCCAGUCCUCCAAUCUACAGUGAUGUCACCCCCAGUCCUCCACGCUACAGUGAUGUCACCCCCAGUCCUCCACGCUACACUGGUAUACAGAGAUUGGCGCUCACCAGGCAGCUGACAAGAUGAAAGGAUCUCCGUUAGAUUUGACUGCCCUCCCUGACUUGUCCUUUUUCUGUAUUUUCAGCUGAUAACAGUAACCACAGUUCUCCUGGCAGGGAGCCAUGCUCAGAGUUACAUCUAUAAUUAACUACAGCACACAGGAAACAGGAAAGCUUUUUCACAGAUAAGAAUUAGGGAAGUGAGUUACCAUGCAGUUUCGUUUCUACCCAGACCUCGGUGGUGUGUGGUGUCAGCUGAAUGUGGGAACAGAUUGACAUGUGGCUUGGUCUCUCACCUCAAUUGCAGUAUUUGAUUGGAAGAUAUUAUUCACAUUUAAAGUAACAUUUUUGAUUAAGAGCAGUCAGGUUCAGAAGCCCAAAGUGGAAAUCAAAUGUAACUGUUUGUGGACCCCUGGAAUUCUGACGCAUCCCACCUCAACUCCACCUUGCCGUGAUUAUGAGAGACUUUGUGUGAGACUGUGUCCCAAAUGGCUUCCUAUUCCCUAUUUAGUGUCCAGGGGUCAAAAUAGUGCAUUAAAAUAGGGAAUAGGGUGCCAUUUGGAACGAAUCCUUGGAGGCCUCUUGAGACUUCCAUGAGACUUGACCCAGACUGCUGUCCGUGUGCUUGUAGGGGUCAGACGCCAGCGGAGUCAGACUACCAGCUGCUGGAGGUGGCACGCAGACUGGAGACGUAUGGGGUUAGACUGCACCCUGCCAAGGACCGCGAGGGCAGCAAGCUGAGCCUGGCCGUGGCACACGCUGGUGUCCUGGUCUUUCAGGUACUACUUUACAGGUCAACGCCGAGUAGAGGUGGACGGAGUAAGAGGAUUUAUAGACUGCUGUUUAUCAUUAGAAACCUACAGGAUAUUUGAUCAUGAGUUUGAUGUGGAUGGUGUAAUAGCAAGUUGGUAGUAAAUGAUUUAACAAGCUUGGUUAUGCCACAAUGUAAGACACUUGCAGCUGUCACACUUUUCAGUUCCACUUUUCAGCUGUUCCACUUUGAAGUGACAUUUUAAUGACAGGCUUUUGACAACAUGUAACAGUUUCUCUGUUCACAAAUCUAUUGGGAUUAAGAGCUAGCAAGUUCUAUUUGAGGAAUGUGGAACUGAUGUUUGAUGACAUGAUUAGGAAGAUGAACAGGCUGAUUUUUAUUGCAUGUCACACGCCGUGUUAAACCUCUGUGUGGAUUUCUUCAUCCGCUGCAGGGACACACCAAGAUCAAUGCCUUAAACUGGUCCAAAGUGCGCAAAUUAAGCUUCAAGAGGAAGCAAUUUCUCAUCAAGCUCAGACCAGACCUAAACGUAAGUCAUAUGGUCAUGGACCUUAGCAAGAUCCACCAUUCAUAUUCAUGUAAAUAUCACCAAUGCCUAAAGCCUUCAGCCCUGAGUUUCCAUUGAUGUGUGUUACAUCUAUAUGUGUCCCCUCUGCAGCAGAGCUCAUACCAGGACACUCUGGAGUUCCUGAUGGGUAGUCGGGACUGCUGUAAAGUCUUCUGGAAGAUCUGUGUGGAAUACCACGCCUUCUUCCGCCUCUUCGAGGAGCCCAAAGCCAGGCCCAAGCCUGUCCUCUUCACCCGAGGCUCCUCCUUCAGAUUCAGGUAGACCAGCUGGCCCCUUGAAGGCCCCUGGGGCCACACAAUAAUAAAGCAUCUCUGUCACUCAGGACACAGGAGAUAGCAGGUUCGUUGAAAAACCAGUCAGUGCCUCAGUUUGAAUCUCAUUUCCUACCUGUCACCUGGACAGAACUUCUCCAGCUCUACUCUAGGUUCACUGACCUCAAUCAUCUACCUUGCUACUUCUCUCUCUCUCCGCAGCGGUCGGACACAGAAGCAGGUGAUUGAUUAUGUGAAGGACUCCGAGUUUAAGAAGAUCCCGUUUGAAAGGUAAAGACUUAACGUUUGUGUUUUCUAUCUAGACGUGCAAAGAGAGAGAGAGACUGUGUGAGGGUUGCCAGGUGUAUAACAUAUCCACUUUCCAUCAUCUUCCCCUCUUCAGGAAACACAGUAGGGUCCAGCACAGCAGCCGCAUGUCUCCACUGCCUUCCCCUCAUCACCCCCAAGUGCCAAAAGAAGUCAGUGUCUCCUUCAGUGUUCCCACACACGGUCCAUUAGAGGCUAACGUGCUAAAUUACACUUUGUGCAACUCUAUCUGAUAGCCGACCCAGCAUGUCUUCAUCUAGAAAGACUAUGAAUAUGAAAUAUACUGCUUAGAAUAUAGAGCUAAUAAUUGACUAGAAGGAAUAACUAAUCCAUGUAACACAAUAACUCAAUUUCCUUGUUUAACUGUUAAACCUUUAGCGCUCUCUUUCUCUUCUCUGUUCUCUGUUCUCCACAGAGUGUGAGCGGUGCUUCAGGGGACAGAGUGGAGGUGGACUCUCCUCCCCCCCGUCACUGGAAGGAGUCUGUAUUGGUGAACGCUGAGGACCCGUCAGCCCUGCGGAUCAGAGGCAGCCCUUCCAGCCAGAGGAACGGGGGACGCGGCGAGGACAGCCCAAGCCCCGGAACAGAACCAGGCCCAGCCAGGCAGCCCCACCCAGACCAUCUGAACACAGGUCCAGCCUCCCGGGGCGCUAAGGGCAGCAGCUCCUCCAUCCCCUACAUUGACUGCAGUGAUAUAGAUAAUGAAUACGACGUAGCCAAGGGCGGGGUUACCAGGUCUUACCAUACUGACAGCUAUGGGGAGGAGGCGGCAGGCCCCCGCCGUGGCAGUAUAAACGAUCGGGAACUGGGUAGGAUGAGGUACAGAGAGUCCCCUCCCUCCCCUAAACCAACCCUCAAUAUGAGCUGUGAGUUAGAUGAGCCGGCCAACCUGUCGUUCUUCGGCGGUGGUCCGCCCCGUGGCCCUCUCCAUAGCACUAUGAUGGAGGAGUUGGGGGGUGGUGGGAUUGGGGACCAGCGUAGCAGCAGCCCCCCGACGGUCCGCCUGUUAGGCUCUAAGAGCAGCACCUCCAGCCCCGUCAUGAGCACCUUCCAGCGGACCGGCUCACUCAGCCACGCCGAGCAAAACGGCCACGGCUCCAGGCCCCCACGCUGUGACGACCGGGGUCACGGGGGGUUUAACGCCCAGAGGGGCCAUGGGGGGUCCCGAGGCCAGGGCCAGGCCCCAUCCCACUACGGCAGCUACUCGCCCAUCAUGACCCACUCGCCACACUUACAGAAGCUCCACAACAUGCGUAACCGUUCCGACACAGACCCCUUCGUCCUGAGCUGGCAGCAGGCCACCUCCACGCCCUCCCACGAGCCCCGGCCUGUCACCUCCCACAUGGCUGCUCUGGAGCGCCGCAUGUUGGCCAACGACCUGUCUGCCCCUGGCCAGCCCAAGCCCAGCCCUUUACAGAAGCUGUACAGCCAGGCUGGUGUAGACCACGUAGGGGCUGUUCAGAUGAUUGACCGCCCCACCAGCAGUGGCACAGAGUCCAGUGACUCGGAGACCGAGACCACCACGGGUAGCUCCAGCAGCCACCCGCUGACCUACGGUAACCCCAUGGCCGUGCAGGUCAACUACCCCUCCCCCUCCCCCUCCCCCAUACCCAGGAACAAGUACUCCUUUGGGAGCCUCCAGCUGGAUGAGGAGAUGGAGGAGGAUGGCUGCCUUAACUUUAGUGAUGAGGACGGGGCACAGGUGUUCAGCUGUUAG